AUGUAUAACUACUAUCGAGAACCAACCGGAGCAAUGUCCACCUCGAACAGGAACCGAGAGGGACUAGAGCCAGCUCCAAGUCACUCGGGCUUCGAUGAGCAGAGCAGGGCGAACACGGCAUUGUUCGGUUACGGCCAAGACGGAUUACAAUCUACACGACAGCCCUACACAGGGUGUGUUCCUCGAAACCGACUCUCGUGGGACGAACAUGCACAACAUGGAACUACUGUCUCGAACACGGUCGAGGCUCAGCCUGAUUGGACUUUGCCGGGCAGGACCAACUUCGCUAGAAAUCUUGUCGUGUCAGCGGACUCCGGCGCGUCUCCGUAUUCUCAUCCUCUUCCGCACAACCACUCAGCUACUGUGUUCAAUGUUCAAGGUCGAGAGGAUGACCUCGAGAUGUCUCGACUUCCAGGCCCCGCCACAGCCUAUCGACCCACCUCGAACGGAGCUUAUCCUUACGAUCUUUCCGGUCUGUCCCCAGCUCUUGUAGCUCAAGGAUCUGAGAAUCUUGACAAUAACUUUGAGCCUCUCAUGGAAGGCAUCGGUGACUUCCAGACGAAUACUGACCAGGAGCCAUGGUCCGCGUACGAACCCAAUCAGAUACUUCAAUCGUCCCAAAAAGACUUCGCAAGCCUGGGGACAUAUCCCAAUGGAAUCCCAUACACCAAUCCGUCAACUUUCGGGAAUGGCAAUUCGGAGUCAAGCUAUCAGACUGGUGAUGACUCCUGGACGCGCAUAUCCUCGAACAACCCUAGCGAUGAUGUGAUAUACGACAGUAUGCUUACUGAGCGUCCCAUAAUCCCCAACUUCCAAGUACCUCCGGGGACAGCACCAGAUUCGAACGUUUCUACCCAGAUGCACAUUCCGCCAUACUUUCGUGUGCGGCACGCAACCCCGCCAGUCGGUCUACAAGGCCACGCUAUAGAUACUAGCAACCUGGAGACAGGGUAG